AUGAAAGGUCCCCGGGAGGAGAUUGUGUAUGUGCCCUGUAUCUACAGGAACACCGGGAGGAAGAAACCAGACUUUCUGGCCACUGUGGAUGUCAACCCUAAAUCUCUGCACUAUUGCCAGGUGAUCCACCGCCUGCCCAUGCCCAACGUGGGCGAUGAGCUGCACCACUCAGGCUGGAAUGCCUGUAGCAGCUGUUUCGGUGAUGCCACCAAGACACGCAAUCGCCUGAUCCUUCCCAGUCUCAUUUCCUCCCGCAUUUACAUAGUGGACGUGGGAACCAACCUGCGAGCUCCCAGGCUUUAUAAGGUCAUCAACUCCGAGGAUGUGUUCUGGAAGUGUGACCUGGGUUACCCGCACACAUCCCACUGCCUGGGCAGCGGGGAGAUCAUGAUCAGCACCCUGGGGGACCCAGCAGGCCGCGGAAAAGGUGGUUUUAUUCUGCUGGAUGGAGAGACCUUUGAGAUCAAGGGGAAGUGGGAGAAAGGAGACAAGACACCCCCGAUGGGUUAUGACUUCUGGUACCAGCCACGCCAUAAUGUCCUGAUAAGCACUGAAUGGGGAGUCCCAAAAUACCUGGGAUAUGGGUUUGACCCAAAUGAUCUGAAGAAAGGGCGCUAUGGCUGCCGCCUCAAUGUGUGGGAUUGGACCACCCACACCUACAUCCAGGCCAUCGACGUGGGGGAGGAUGCAGCGCCCCUGGAGAUCCGCUUUCUCCACAACCCUGAUGCGGCUGAGGGCUUUGUGGGCUGUACCAUCAGCAGUGCCAUCCAUCGCUUCUACAAGACCGAGCAAGGAGACUGGGCAGCAGAGAAGGUGAUCCAGGUCCCCAGCAAGAAGGUGGAGGGGUGGCUUCUCCCAGACAUGCCAGGCUUCAUCACAGACAUCCUCAUCUCACUGGAUGACAAGUUCCUGUAUUUCAGCAACUGGCUGCAUGGGGACAUCCGCCAGUAUGACAUCUCUGACACCUGCAAGCCUCGGCUGGUGGGACAGGUCUUUGUGGGAGGCAGCAUCAGUAAAGGUGGGCCAGUGACUGUGCAUGAAGAUGAAGAGCUGCAGAGCCAGCCGGAGCCAUUUCUGAUCAAGGGCAAGAAGGUGGCUGGAGGACCUCAGAUGAUCCAGCUCAGCUUGGAUGGGAAGAGGCUGUAUGUCACGACAUCCCUCUACAGCGCCUGGGACAAGCAGUUCUACCCCGACCUUGUCAGGGAGGGCUCUGUCAUGCUGCAGCUAGAUGUGGACACGGAGCAGGGUGGCCUGGCCAUCAACAAGAACUUCCUGGUGGAUUUUGGGAAGGAGCCCGAGGGACCCUGCCUUGCUCACGAAAUCCGCUACCCCGGCGGGGACUGCACCUCCGACAUCUGGGUAUGA